CGGCGUUUGCUUUUUUUUUUUUUUUUGCUUCAUACAUAAAAUAGCUGAGAGUGAUGGUUGUUCUAAUGCAGUGGCUCCGCAAGAUGAUUCGACCCCGGAACGUGUUCUUCGCUGUGGUCUAGUCUUCAUCCGGGAUUAUAGUGCAUGCAACUUUUUCUUUUGGCUACAAGAAUUCGUUCAGCAUGAAAUUCGUGACUAAAUAGCGUGGGAAUACAAAAAAAAAGAUAUAUAUAUAUAAUAACGGACUGAUGAUCAAAAACGCGCAUAUGUUAAGCUUAUGAAAAACAUUGUAACCUUGUCUAUCAGACCGCAUCGAGUUACAGAAGACGACCCCGAUUCUCUGUCUUGGUUAUGUGUAAUAUAAACAUAUAUAUUAUUAAGUGACCCUUUGGAGCUGAGACGCGAUAGGCUGCUUGUAUUUGGUCAUUGAUGAUAGCGCUUCAAACAUUGAGGUUGUAGUCGACUUUAUCUAAGGAUUAUUUCCCCCCUGUGCUGUAGCGGUCCAUACCGGAAUUAUUAACCAAGCAGUGUUUUUUUUUUUUUUUUUUUUUUUGGUCUGUAUUUAUAUUAUUCGUUUUUUAAACACAUAUCAAUAUUUUGGAAAUGGGAACCCAGGGUCCUGGACGAAAAAGGAUUCCUAACAGAGAUCGAUUGACGGGCGAGGACGAUGCCUUAAAUGUAAUUGCAAGAGAGGCGGAAUCCCGGUUGGCUGCGAAGCGAGCUGCACGGGCGGAGGCACGGGAGAUCAGAAUGAAGGAGCUGGAGAGACAGCAGAAAGAGAUCUAUCAGGUUCAGAAGAAAUAUUACGGUCUGGACAACAAAUGGGGCGAUAUCGAGCAGUGGAUGGAAGACAGUGAGAGGUACUCCCGUCGAGCACGGAGAAACACCUCGAUGUCCGAUGACGAUGAGCGAAUGUCCGUGGGCAGCCGUGGCAGCCUGAGGUCAGACUUCGACAGCGCUGCUGCCUAUGGAGGGGCUGGUUCACCCAAGGACAGGCCCAAGAAGAAGAGUUCUAAAGCCACCAAUGGUUUUGUUGAAGGGUACCACGGAUCUACUCCGAGUAGAAAGUCUAGUAGGAGCUCAAGGCACAGCGAUGAGAGUAGGAGAUCACAGUCAUCCAGACAGGAGCAGCUACUGGGGAAUCACUACUCCUCGGACCGGUACAGUAACAGCGGCCUCUCCUCCUCCUCCAGGCCCCAGUCUUCAGCUCAAAAUGGAACGCGGCCUUCCAUUCUUUGUAGCGAUGCCCAUCCACCUCGGAGCCUCAGGGGCUCCCUGUACGAGGAGAGUGUGCACAGCGGGACACGCCGCUUUAGUGCCCCUAGCUCUCGAGCUCCCUCGGAGUACAGUGGUUUCCCGGGCUCCAGCUCCCGUGCUUCCUCCCGGGCAAGCUCGGCCCGCGCCAGCCCCGUGUUGCUGGAGGACUCCAGCUCCAUAGCAGGAUUCCUGCGCAGCACGGCUCACAGCAGCAGCAGCAGUGUGCGGAGUGACCUGGAUGACGUCACCAUUCCUGACUUCCCGGACGUUGAAGAAAGACCGGAGAGGGACUUUGCUGAAAAGGGAUCCCGCAGCGCUUCCACCCUAUCGGCUGCGACUCUUGCCUCUUUGGGCGGGUCUUCCUCCCGGAGAGGAAGUGGAGACACCUCGAUCUCCGCGGAUACAGAAGCCUCGAUCCGAGAGAUUAAGGAUAUUCAUGAGCUAAAGGACCAGAUUCAGGAUGUGGAGAGCAGAUACAUGCAGGGGCUCAAAGAAAUGAAGGACUCCCUGGCCGAGGUCGAGGAGAAGUACAGGAAGGCCAUGGUGUCCAACGCCCAGCUGGACAACGAGAAGUCCAACUUCAUGUUCCAGGUGGACACCAUGAAGGACUCUCUGAUGGAGCUGGAGGAGCAAUUGGCUGAGACAAGGAGAGAGUUAGACGAGAAGGUCAAGGAACAUGAAAGAGAAAGACACGCCCACUCUGUGUUACAAUUCCAGUUUAACGAGAUGAAAGAAAACCUCAGACAGAGUGAAGAAUUGUUAACUGAAAUUCGGCAGCUGAAACUGAAGCAGGAGAGCUCUGUUAGAGAGGUUUCAGACUUGCAGGAAACCAUCGAAUGGAAGGAUAAAAAGAUAGGGGCGUUAGAGAGGCAGAAGGAAUAUUUUGAUGUGAUCCGGACUGAGCGUGAUGAGCUCAGAGAUGAGAUUGUCCUGCUCAAGGAUGUAAUAAAGAAACAUGGGAUAGUCCUAGGCACAGAGCUGACACCCAAUGGAGAAGUGGGCGACGCAGUUCUUGACAGUACAGUCCACACUGACUCUGUGAAGCAAUCAGCGCCGGACUCCACUCCUGGGGAUGGGCUGAUUGGCAAAGCCACGGAGAUGGAGAUGAAAAUUUCGCUUUCGGCGGAUGUUGGAAAUAAAGAGAUCUUGCAGAGCGCCGGGGACGAGGCUGAAAAGCAGGAGAGCUUGGAUGACGAUGCUGAGACACAGGAAGGGCAUGUCGGUGAAAAGGCACAAGAGAAUUUGGCUGAAAAUGAACUGUCGGCGUCAGUGCCUAGUGAUGACACACUAAGUGACCCAGGGGAUGCUCAGCAACGGGAACAGAGUGACAUUGCCAGUCAGGCCUCUAGUUAUGUGCUUGAAACCGCAAAGACUGACAGUACCUUAGGCAGUAAUGCAGUUUCUUGGUGCUCAUUUGAUGGUGGAGAUGACAUAAAUCAAAAUGACAUUGACGAGCACAGUCCAGUUCUUGAGCUGACAUACAGUGUAGAUGAUGGAAGUGUAGAGGCCAACAGUCUGAUUGUAGAAGGAGAGAUCAUGAGUGAGAGGGAAACGGAAGUGAUUAACAGGGAGGGUGAAGGAGGCAAGGAAGUGGUGCAGGUAAUAACAGGACCCGAUGAUGAGACGGAAAGUGAGACUGAGCAAGCCCUUUCUGAUAAAGAAGCUGAAACUACUGAAAAGGGUAAUAGCGAUGGUCAACAAAGUGUCCAGAGUGCAGAGGAGAUGAGAAUAGAGGGCGGUGAGACUAAAACCCAAGAAGAAAGCUUAGACAGUAACAAGGAAGAGUCCAUAACAGGGACUGCUGUUACUGACAAAGUUUCAGAUGAAGAGAAUGAACUUGCUCAGGAUCCUACAGAAAAAGUUAAUGAGGCUAAUUGUAUUGGUGAGGAAAGAGUUCAGAAAGCCGAGGAUACCCAUAGUGAAGGCAAAGAAACGCAAGAGGAGGGUGAUGUAAAGCAAGUAACAGAAGUAGAAGUCGAAGGUUUGGUAAAAGGUGACGUUUUAGGUGAAGGGGAUGCGAUUUAUGAGCAGGGAGAAAUAGAUGAAUUGGUGGAGGAAAAGGAGACAGUGGCAAGUACAGGAAAUGAGGAAAAGUUUGAGCAUGAAAUUGCUCCUGGUCUUACAGAAAAAUUUGAUGAGGCUAAUCGUAUUGGUGAGGAAAGAGUUCAGAAAGCCGAGGAUACCCAUAUUGAAGGUAAAGAAAUACAAGAGGAGGGUGAUGUAAAGCAAGUGACAGAAGAAGUAGAAGUUGAAGGUUUGGUAAAAGGAGACGUUUUGGGUGAAGGGAAUGCGGAAAAGGUUGAACCUGAAAUUGCUCAGAGUCCUCCAGAAAAAAGUGAUGAGGCUAAUUGUACAGGUGAAGAAAGAGUUCAGACUGCCAAGGGUGCCAAUAUAGAAGGCAAACAAACACAAGAGGAAAGCCUAGACAGAACAAAUCUUGAGGGAAGUACAGCAACAGAGGGUGAUGUAAAACAAGUAGCAGAGAAAUUAGAGGUUGAAGGUUUGGUAAAAGGUGAAGUUUUGGGUGAAGUGGAUGCGAUUUAUGAGGAGGGAGAAAUAGAUGAACUGGUGGAAGAAAAGGAGCCAGUGGCAAGUACAGGAAAUAAGGAAAAGGUUGAGCAUGAAAUUGCUCCUGGUCUUACAGAAAAAGUUGAUGAGGCUAAUCGUAUUGGUGAGGAAAGAGUUCAGAAAGCCGAGGAUACCCAUAUUGAAGGCAAAGAAACACAAGAGGAAAGCAUAGACAGCACAAAUGUGAAACAAGUAACAGAAAAAGUAGAGGUCGAAGGUUUGGCAGUGGACAAAGUUUUGGAUGAAGAGAAGAUGAUUCCUGAGCAGGGAGAAAUAGAUAAAUUAAUGGAGAACAAGGAGCCAGGGGCAAGUACAGGAUCUGAGGAAAAGGUUGAACAUGAAAUUGCUCAGGGUCCUACAGAAAAAGUUGAAGAAAAAAAUAAUUAUGCUGGUGAAGACAGAGUUAGGAGUGCUGAGGAUGUCAAUACAAAAGUAACACAAGAUGAAAACGUAGACAGCACAGAUAUCAUGGAAAUGACAGUGACAGAGGGUGAUGUUAAACAGGUAACAGAAAAAGUAGGGGAUGAAGGUGUGGUUCAGUUAGAGAAGACAGACAUUGCAGGCGAGUGCCAGGAGGAGUUGGAUAGUGAUGUAGUGAAGAGCAAAGACGCAAGUUCAUGUGUGGCUCAGAAGGAGCACGAGGAACAGGAAGGGGUUACCAUGGAAACCAAAGCAGCGCAGAUAGAAGAGGAAGUGACCAGGGAAUGUGUGACACCUUCCUUAGAACAUGGCCAUGAAUCCGGGGAGAUUGAGGGUAGUGAAAAGGCCCCACAAAAUAUUGCGAUUUGGGAACCAGAGACUUCAUGCAAUGACAGCAUAGUCAUGGAGGAGGUGACUGUGAGAUCAGAUGUCCAGACUGGCAGUGAGAAACAAAAAUGUGUUUCUUUAGAGACUGAAACAAAGCAGGAAGAAGAGGUCCUAGCAGGAGAUGGAAUGACCCCAAUCAUGGUACACCAUGAGCCGGAUUCAGAGGACAAAGGUGUAAGUGAAGAAGCCUUACCACACAGACCUGAGGAUGAACCAGAAGUUAAUUGUGAAAGUGACACAACCAACAACAAUGUAGAAGGAGUGACUGAUGAGAAUGACAGUAAAGAAAAGUGUGGAGAUGAUGCGACGGCUUCAUGUGUUGUAGAAGAAGUAGACCAAGGAGAAGUCUCAAUACCUCUAGAAGAUAAGGGUGGAGAUAUUGAGGAAGCCAAGAACGAGAUGGGCAACAGCAGCCAAAAAGAUGAAGGAGAAGGACUUAAACAAGCUGACUUGAAGAAGGAAGAUUCUGAAAAGAAAGUGCAGAGUCAGAAAACUGAAGACCAAAAUGAAGAAGAUAAACUUGAAAAUGAAACCAAUUUAGAAAAUCAGACUGCAGCAGAGCAGGGUGUUGAAGGAAUGGCAAAUGUUGAAACUGUACAGGAAAAUAUCAUGGGUAGGGUCAUAGCUCAAGGGUCUGGAGAUGAUGUAAAAGAGGAACCUUUGUUUGGUGGAGAGGGUCAGAAAGUAAUUUCAGAAGACUACAUUGAGACCAUUGAAGAAGAAACUAGAACUGUAAACAAGGAAGUGAAGGGAACAGAGAGUCAAAACAUAGAUCCAGCAGUUGUUAAAGACGUCAUUGAGUCUAAGGGAGAAACAGUAGUUCAGUGUGAAAUCUGUGUGGAGAAAGUAGAUGUUGAACUUGACCACCAAGACAAUUUAGCUGAAGAAAUACACCCUGAGAACCUUGAAACAGUUGGCACUGUCGCAGAGGAUAGUAAACCAAGUGAUAACUCUGAACUGGCACCAGCAGACAAAGUGGCGUCACAAAGUACCGUAGAAGUAGAGACCCUUAAAGAUGAGAAAAUCAGUCAGGGUCUUGAGCCAACAGUCACAGCGGCAGAUAAUAUCAUAUCAGAAUGUAUGUUCCCUGAUGGCAGUGAGCAGGAGAAAACUGAUAUUUUGAAAGAGACAGAUGAAACAGUCAUUCAGCAAACUACAGCCGAUAUAAGCGAAGAUGCUAUAUCGGAGGAAAUGGCUACUGCUGAGAAGAAAGUCGAUGUAUUUAAUUUGGAGAAAGAAAGAGAGAGUAUAGACCAGAAACCUCAACAUAAACACCAAGACGAGGCCCAGGAAGUGAAGCAAGAGGUAACUUCAAAAGAAGCGGUAGAAGAAAAGAGUGUGGAAAAAGUGGAGGAGAACAUUCCUGACGACGUCCAAGAAAAAGAUCAAGCACCUGCUAAAGAGGAAAAGCAGGAUGAGACACAGCUCACACAAAAGGAAGAGGAGAAAGGUGAGGAGGAGGAGGAGGAGGAGGAGGAGGGGGAGGGGGAAGAGGACAACGAGGAAGAUGAGGAAGAUGAGGAAGGAGAGUCAUUCGAGUUUGAUGAUGAAGUGGGACAGGAUUUGGAGGAAUCGGAUCAGAAAGUUUGCCUAGAAGAUCCACUUAAGGAAAAAGAGACACAGCAACAGGGUGCUGAAAAAAACGAUAGUAGUCCUGUGACUAAGACUGGUAGUCAAGAUAAAGAACAAAGAAGUGAGAAGGGAGCUGUAGAUCAGCUUAAAACUCAAGAUUCAGAAAGUGAAAAGACAGGGGGAGAGCAAAACCAAAAGGAAAUGGAGGAGGUUUGUUUUGCUGGUAGUCAGGGAAGUGUGAAGGAGUCGGGAGUUAGAGGGCAGCAGGGUGAGGAUGGGAACAAGCAAGGGGACAUAGGGAGGGAGCUCGAGAAGGAGCUGGGAGAGGGUACAAAAAGGCAAAAUAUCUCUGAAGACAGUGUAGGAGAACCCGUGGGGCAGAUGCCAGACAGCGUACAGGAUACGGAGCUCAGCAAGUCAGGAAGUACUGAGGAUCUUGGAAAGCAAGAUGCAGCCAAGGGGAGUAAGAAAGGAAAGGGGAAAAAUAAGGAUGAGUGUCGGAUAUCAUGAAAAGUGUUUUAAUGCAGACUACUCCAAGAUGGGACAAGUAAGAGACUAAUUGGAUAGUCUUGUGCCAGAAUAACCCAAUUCUCAACUGGUGUUUGAGGUGAAAUGACAAUGUUUAACUUCAUUAAGGCAUGAGACCAUCCAAUUAUUUAAAUACUCAAAUUUUGGUCUAUUAUAAAGAACCUUACAAAUCACAAUGCUCAUGAUACAAUUAAGGUUUACUUUUACUUAGAUGUUUACUGUGUUUCAAUGUGAACUUACUGUAAAUCUCUAUCAAGUAGAAAGCCGUCUAUUAGUUCAGAGUUAAUUACAUUUAAAUUGCCGACGCUUAUACAGUGUUGCACACAAGAUUGUGAGAGAAACAGGACACUUUGUGAUAAUCACUGUUUUAUUAUAGUAUGUGAUCCUCGUUCCAGAGUUCUCAUGAGAAAAUAGUUUACUAAACGUGCGGCUUUUGAAAAAGAUCCUUAAUGUGGAAUCCCUAAACUGUGAGAUUCAGUGUUGUAAUGAAGAGAGUAGUGCAUUAGUCAGGAUACAGAGAGUUUUUAAUUUCAAGGGCUACCUGGACUGUUUCAAAUAUUACCAGUUACAUGUAAAAGCAUCCUGUAUCGGAAGAAAUAUCCUUGGUAUUUGUGCUUAUUCUACUGUAUAUCAACUAUUUAUUUUCAGAGAUGUAUUCUGGUUAGAGUAUAGUAAUACGUAAGAAAAUAAAUUGCAAUUCCAGAAAAGGAUGGUUAUUAUUAUUAUUUUUUUUGGUUGUUGGCUAGAUACAUUAACAAAGUACCUUAACUAUUUUAUAAUAGCACUUUAUCAUGUAUUAAGUGAGUUUUGGAUUGGGUAAUGAAAGUAAUAACUGUUGUGUUGGUAUAGACACUGUAAACUGCAGUGCUGUAAGAAGUUAUUUUGCAGUCAAUUCAGGUCCGUUUGAGUUAUUGAAGUAAAAUUUGACUGAGGUAUUUUUGCUGUGCAUAAAUACUUCCAUGUAUGUUUUUAUUGUGUUUUUUGGAUGUGUAUUAAAAUGAGAUGGUGAUUAAAAAAACAAACCUUGCUUAUCGGUAACAAAAUAUCGAUAUAAACGGA